AUGCUAAGAUUCAAGAUACCAUCAUUGAGGAGCUCCAUCAAAUGCUUUUGUCGUGGUUAUUCACAAAGACCAACACCACCAUUCACAGCUGGACAACCGUUGUUUGAAACCAGGCCAUUCAUGGUCAAACCUGGGGAAUUAACACCUGGUAUAACAGCUUUAGAAUAUUUCCAAAGAAGAAUAGACUUAGCCUCAAAAUUACCAGAUAGUUCACUUGCAAUUGUUGUUGGUUCACAAGUUCAAUUUGCCUCAGGGAGUGUGUUUUAUGAUUUUCAACAGAAUAAUGAUUUGUUUUAUUUAUCUGGUUGGAAUGAACCCGAUUCAGUUAUUGUCAUUGAAAAACCAAAUAAUAAGCUAGAAGAUGUUAUCUUCCAUAUGGUUGUUCCACCUAAAGAACCUUUAGCUGAACAAUGGGAUGGAUUUAGAACAGGUGUUGAAGGUGCUGUUGAAGUAUUCAAUGCUGAUGAAUCCGAACAAAUUUAUAGAUUGGCUCCAUAUUUAGAUAAAUUAGUCCAGAGAAAUAAAAACGUCUUUAUUGACUUACCAGAGGGCACAAAGAAGCAGACCACAUCAUCUACAUUCACAAACUUCUUCAACAUUGGGGGCAAUAAGAAAUUAACAUCUGUUCAAGAGUUGUUGAAAACUUCCGGUUCAGGGAAAUCUAUUAAACCAUUAUCACCAUUUAUAACGGAAAUGAGAACUAUUAAGUCUGAUGCUGAACUAAGAAUCAUGAGAAAAGCGGGUCAAAUAUCUGGAAGAGCUUACAACCAAGCAUAUGCUAAGCGCUUCAAGACUGAAAGAACUCUGAAAUCUUAUCUAGAGUAUAGAUUCAUAGCGGGUGGAUGCGAUAAGCCAGCUUAUAUUCCUGUUGUUGCAGCUGGGUCCAAUGCUCUUUGUAUUCACUAUACACGUAAUGAUGAUUUAUUUUAUGAGGAUGAGAUGGUGUUGGUAGAUGCUGCUGGUUCAUUAGGUGGUUAUUGCUCGGACAUUUCAAGAACAUGGCCUUCAUCUGGUAAAUUUUCACCCGCUCAAAAAGAACUAUACCAAGCUGUUUUGAAUGUUGAAAAAGAAUGUAUUACAAACUGUACAGAGAACCACAACUUCAGCCUUCAAGACAUACAUGACUUGAGUGUUGGAUUGAUGAAGAGGGAGUUGAGAAAUUGUGGGUUUGGUGAACUAACCUACAGUGAUAUUACAAAAUUGUAUCCACAUUAUAUAGGCCAUAAUCUGGGUCUAGAUGUCCAUGAUGUUCCGCGUCAUUCGAGAACUGCUAAAUUAAAAGCUGGUCAAGUUAUCACUAUUGAACCAGGUGUUUACGUUCCCGAUGAUCAUGCUUUCCCUGCAUCAUUUAGAAAUAUUGGUAUCAGAAUUGAAGAUGACAUUGCGGUGGGUAAAGAUACGUACACCAAUCUAACAGUUGAAGCAGCAAAGGAGAUUGUGGAUAUUGAAAGAAUCGCUGAAGUGGGAGUGACUACACCUUUGGAUGACGAGGUUGUAGAAGUAUUUUAG